AUGGGUCAAAGUCAGAGUGGCGGUCAUGGUCCUGGAGGUGGCAAGAAGGAUGACAAGGACAAGAAGAAGAAAUAUGAACCUCCCGUACCUACUAGAGUGGGGAAAAAGAAGAAGAAAACAAAGGGACCAGAUGCUGCCAGCAAACUGCCAUUGGUGACACCUCACACUCAGUGCCGGUUAAAAUUAUUGAAGUUAGAAAGAAUUAAAGACUAUCUUCUCAUGGAGGAAGAAUUCAUUAGGAAUCAGGAACAAAUGAAGCCUUUAGAAGAAAAGCAAGAGGAGGAAAGAUCAAAGGUGGAUGACCUGAGGGGGACCCCAAUGUCAGUGGGGACCUUGGAAGAGAUCAUCGAUGACAAUCACGCCAUCGUGUCUACAUCUGUGGGCUCAGAACACUACGUCAGCAUUCUCUCCUUUGUGGACAAGGACUUGCUGGAACCAGGCUGCUCCGUCCUGCUCAACCACAAGGUGCAUGCUGUGAUAGGGGUGCUGAUGGACGACACGGACCCCUUGGUCACGGUGAUGAAGGUGGAAAAGGCCCCGCAGGAGACCUAUGCCGACAUUGGGGGGCUGGACAACCAAAUCCAGGAAAUUAAGGAAUCUGUGGAGCUUCCUCUCACUCAUCCUGAGUAUUACGAAGAGAUGGGGAUAAAGCCCCCGAAGGGGGUCAUUCUCUAUGGGCCACCUGGCACAGGUAAAACCUUAUUGGCUAAAGCAGUAGCAAACCAAACCUCAGCCACUUUCUUGAGAGUGGUUGGCUCUGAACUUAUUCAGAAGUACCUAGGCGAUGGGCCCAAGCUCGUUCGGGAAUUGUUUCGAGUUGCUGAAGAACAUGCACCAUCCAUCGUGUUCAUCGAUGAAAUUGAUGCCAUUGGGACAAAGAGAUAUGACUCCAACUCUGGUGGUGAGAGAGAAAUUCAGCGAACAAUGUUGGAACUGCUGAACCAGUUGGAUGGAUUUGAUUCAAGGGGAGACGUGAAAGUCAUCAUGGCCACAAACCGAAUAGAAACUCUGGAUCCAGCACUAAUCAGACCAGGCCGCAUCGACAGGAAGAUCGAGUUCCCCCUGCCGGAUGAGAAGACCAAGAAGCGCAUCUUCCAGAUCCACACGAGCAGAAUGACGCUGGCUGAUGACGUGACCCUGGACGACUUGAUCAUGGCCAAGGAUGACCUCUCUGGUGCUGACAUCAAGGCAAUCUGCACAGAAGCUGGUCUCAUGGCCUUGAGGGAACGCAGAAUGAAAGUAACAAAUGAAGACUUCAAAAAAUCGAAAGAAAACGUUUUGUAUAAAAAACAGGAAGGCACCCCCGAGGGGCUUUAUCUCUAG